UAUGGAAGUGUCGAAUAUUUUGGACAUUACGAAAUGAAAAUAUUUUGGUGUCUAAGGACAAUAUUAUUUUGUUAAAUACACGAGAAAAAAUGAAUAAUCUGAAAAUACUUAUUUUUACAUACCCUUGAUUAUGUCGGCACGUAAUUUUUUGUCUGCUCGAGAGAAAAAUAUUGCCAAGUUUAUAGAUUGCUUACCAAAUAUAAGCCAUAAAAAGUGUGGAUAUCGUUCAGUGCAAGAGUUGCCCCCGCUCUCAGCGAAUUCGGGUGCCUUUGUUAAUAGAAACAUAGAUUUAUCAUUUAAAAUAAAGCCGUAUUCUGAUGAAAGUUUAGAUAGAGUUAGUACACCCUUUUCGGAUUUUUUAUCUGACAGUGAAACCGGUACUCCAGAUUUUAGAAGUGAAGAAAGCGACAGUAGUGCCGGUUCAGCUUUGAGAAGAAACACUGAAGUUGCAACAAAAACAUUGGAAGAAGAGUGGGAGAAGAUUGAGAGGACUUUGUACAAUGAAGAUGGAGAAAAAACUACAAGACCACACAUGCUGGAGGAGUGUAGACAAUGGAGACAGCUACAUCCACAACUCAGAGUCAUUGGUAAAGCUGUACCAUUGCCAAAGAAUAGGUUACAUUAUAGACAGAAUGAACAUGAUGAGGUGAUUGCCGUACAUUACAGUGACUAUGAGCAAUUUAGCGAAAGUGAGGAGCGUCUGUCACAGAGUAGCACUGACGUCACACCGCAGAACUCCCCCCGGGUUUCUGCAGUAGACUAUGAACCGAGAAUAACACGAGAGAAAAUAUCCUAUUACCCGAAACCAGGUGAAGAGUCAGACUUUGAAGACACAUUUUCAUCUCUAUUACAAAUUACACCUAUUCAAAUACGAAGUCCGUAUAAAAAGAGGCAGACACAUUCAAUUUUAAGAUCGGAAGUUGCCUCUUCACGUUGGAUGAGAGGAAACCGACCUGAUUCUUCGGUGAAUGGUGGAAGGGGUAGUGCAAAAUCUUUUGUUUCAUUAGACACUGGGAAAUACAGCAUUGAUGGGAAAUCCAACAAUGGUAGGGUUGUCACAGCAAGACACAGGGAGGUAGCAAGAUUAGAACCGAUUUACACACCUGAACCACCUAUUGAUGUGAUGAGAAAUAAUCCACAUGCAUAUGGCAAUAGGAAAGUGUCACUUCCCCCAUUGUCUAUGGAAGAGGAAAAACGUAAAAUUGCCAGCGUAGGGUCAGAAAAACGUAUUGGCAAAUAUAAGAAGACUCAAACUAAAUUUAAUAGACCAUGUUAAAAAUAAAGUGCUUUUUUCUAGUCAUUGGGUGUUAACACUACAGUGUGUGUCGAUUGAAUAAAUAAUUUAUUUUGACAUUUGCAAAAAAUAACCAGAAUAAUUAUUUUGGUAUAUAUUUUACGUAAUUUAUCAACACUUCUUUUUAUAGACUUUAAAAUUAGAUGUUAUAUUUUGCUAGCGGCACUCAUUUUUUCUCAAAAUAUCUGUACUGUUAUAAUUUAUUUUGGAUUUUAUGUUGUAUUGCAUUGCUGGUAUAUGUAUCAUACACAUGUUCCAGCAAUGCAAGCUCACAUGUAUAGUCGAACCUGUAAAAGCGAGAGUCUAAGGGACCACGAUGUUUGUCUCGCUUGUCUGAUAAGCGAGAAACCUCUACAAACGAGAGUCAUUAUCCAGUCCCGACGGACGACCUCCAUAAGCGAGAUGCUUGGGAUAGAAACCAUUAUGAGCGAGAAAAAUGUCGCGGUCCGUUGGAAUGAUGCUUAUCCAGGUUCUACUGUAUGUACUCCGUAAAAUAUUGUAACUUUUUUCUUGAAAACAUAUCUUCUUAAUAUGUCUUAUAUUUAGUAUCAUUAUAUUCAAUUGUAUCGUAUCACAAUAUCUGU